AUGCCUAUUACGACGCCUAAGGUGCCGGACGGCCUUCCGGAAUUAAUGAAAGGUCUAGCGAAGAGUGUUAUUAAAGAAAAUCCAAAGAAUAUAUACGUCCACGCGGCAGAAUAUUUCGAAAGUUUGAUUCGCGAUCGUGACGGUGAGCUCGAUAAGGGUUAUAGAAACUUCAGUGCUCAUAAAGUGUACGCCGAUUACAGGGAGAAUUGCCGUGACGAAAAAGGCAAUUCUAGCGGUGGCUCCAGUGCUGGUCGAGACCGCAGUUCUUCUAGUGGUAUCCAGGCCCAAAGCGAUGGUGAUAACGAGGGAAGCGGUGGAAGUGCUACAUCUGCUUCGCGCGAAAAACGAAAGAAACGUAUACGGCAGCAAGAAUCCAAGGGAUCGGCGAAAUCUGUGGAUAAAAAUGAUGGGCCAGAUUUGCAGGAGAGGAAAAAAAGUGCAACCAAUUCGGAUGAAAAUAUUACGGAAGGAACGAAUGGGAAAAUUUCAAAGGAAAGCUCUAUUGGUAAAGGUCUCAGUAUUGAUGCUGAAGCCGUAGCAAAUUCUGUGUUAACAGUGCUUACUGAAACUGUGUUGACAUCGGACGAAGUGAAUAAAGAUACUAAAGCGGUAGAGGUAGAUUCAGCAUCGGUUGACGCUGCUACUGUGGAGAAUUUGCAACAUCCUAUCAAUUGUGAAGAUUUGAGCUCUUAUCCACCAGAGGAAAACGUAAGCAUGGUAAAUCAUGAAGAUAGUGAGUGUGGAUCAGCACCAAGCACGGCAGAAGCUGUUGAAGAAGUUGUUUAUGAUGGAGAAGAUCCAGUAGAAAGCGCCGUUGAAAAGGAGGAUGCGUUAGAUUUAACGGAUGCACCUGGCGAAACAGUUGAAGCAAAUGAAAAUUUAACCGAAGAAGCGAUUGAACCUUUGAAAUCAUUUUCGGAAGAAGCUGCAGCCGAACAUGAACCCGAAGGUCAGGAUACAGUUGAUACGAAUACGGAAGCAGUCGAACAUGUUACCAAUCAGGAUCCAUCGAACGAAGAAAUGCCGAACCUACCGGAUGUUCCUACUGAAGAGCCCACAAGUGAAGAUCUGAAAGAAAACAAACCUGAACACAGUGAGCAACUAGAAACUGAGUACGAUGAAAACGUGGGCGAUAAACCAACAGAUGAUAGCAAUCGAUCUGGAGGAGAAAGUUUGGAAAAAGUAGGAGAAACUUCUUCAAAUGAUGAGCCACUACCUGCUGAUGAAAUAGCAGACGUUCCUGUCGAAGAUGGCGAGAAUGCGCAACCAGGAUCUGAUGAUGAGAAAACGAAACCAGCAGAAGAAUCUGUUGACGAUACAGGCGAAACUGAUCCCAAGUCCGAUGACAAGGCAAAACUUAGCGAAAAUACAACAGCUGGAUCCAAUGAAGAGUUGAAAGAAGCGGCAGAACCAAUUGAUGAAGAAGUUGCUAUCAAUGAAGUUGUUGAAACGAAAAUUGACGAUUCAGUUAGUGAUUCCUCGAAAACUAAUGACGUCGCUGAAGAGAAAGUUGAUUCUCCGAAAAAGAGCAGCGAAAAAUCUGUGACUGACGCACCCACUUCACAAGAUGAUAGUAACCCGAAAGAAAAUGUUCUGUCUUUGGAAGAAUCAAAUUCCGAUCCACUGCCAGAAACGCAGAAUGAUUUGCCCGAUUCGGAAGGAGAAACUCCUGUCGACGCAGCAGAACAGGUUGAUAAAACAGAAGAAAUCGCACCAACCGACGCAAAGAAUUCAAUAGAAAAAGCCGAUGAUACUAUGUCGGACGACGUAUCGGCAAACUUGGUGAAAGAACCUUCCGGAGAGAAAUCUGAAUCCGAAAUCAAUGCUAGCGAACAGUCUGAGGGAAUUUCCAAGGAGUCUGCUAAGGAAUCGGAGGCAGACGGGUCAGAGCCGCCGGAGGGAGAACUAUCCGUCAAUAGCCGAACGGGAGUUGACGAGGAAAGUGCAGAACAGCUGCCGCAAGAGGAAUUAGAAUCGCUUGACAACGGCGUUAAAGAAAAUUCUAGCGCUGAAAUCAUCGAAGAACCAAUAGAACCAGCUGCGCCAGUUGCGGAACAGAUUGCUGAGGAUGGAAACACUGAUAAUACGGAAGUUGAAUCCGAACCGAGUGGUAAUUUAAAAUCCGAAAAAGUCGAAGAAAAUACUCCUGUACAGGAAACAAAUAGCUCGCAAGAAAAAGAGGAUGAAGCUAAUGCUUCCAGUGACAAGAUGGAGGAUAAUGUAGAAUCCCAAGACGAAGUCGUUGAGGAACCGUGCAUUCAACGUGAAGUUCCUUCUUCCGAAUCUAAACCGACCGGCAAGACACAGAGUACCGAACUGGAAGAGAUUAAAAAGGUUGAUUUGGCUUCGUUCGACAAGAAUUCAGCCGAAGCAUUAUUCUAUUCGUUGAAAAAGACAGAAUUGGAAACUGAGGAGAGUUCGCCUAAAAAAUCCGCUGCGACACUGGAAAGUGAAGAGAAGGACGAUGACGAUGAUGUUAUAGUAACAGAAGAAACACCUGCAAACAUCCGUCGAGAGCAAACAAAACGAACUUUUACCGAUGAUUUUUUAGCGGACAACCCCGUCACUAAUGGACCGGAUGAAUCCGGUGCUAGUGAUGGGGUAGAUCAUUCGAAUAUCGACAUAUUUAAUCCGAUGGCAGCAGCUUCGAAUCGUAGCCAGCAACUGCUGGAUCAAAUGCAUAACAUUAAAGACGAUUCAAGCCUAACGGAGCCUCUACAGCUAAAACCUCGAAUUCGACGGAGUAUGACAGAACAAGUGGAUCUAUCCAGGCAGGAUUCCGAGUAUGUGAACCCUCGAAAAUACGAUUCAGAUUACGUGGACGAGGAAGACGAAUUUGAUGGUUAUUAUAUUGGAAACAUAAGAAAUAAAAUUUUGGCAAGUUCAGUUUCGGUGGCAGACUCUGACUAUUAUGAACCGGAUCGAGAGGAAGAACCAAUGGAUGAUAAAAACGUUCGGACGGCUUUGGAAACGAUAAUGUCCACCGACACGGAGUCAACGCUGCCGUCACAGACGACGGUACAUGCGAAUCGAGGAGUUUUAAGAAAAGGCUCGCAGACUAACAUUCCAUAUGCUUCUUUCGGUAAUAGCGCCAUUGACAGGUCUCUUGAUGAAUUUAUUGAGCGUGAAGAACAACACAAAGAGGCUGAAGCGCAGGCAGCAUCCACGAUACAAAGAUCGUAUCGGCAGUUCCAGUCGAACAAACGGAAGCUACUACGAGAUUAUCAAAGCACAAUGCAAACAUUCACCGAGGACCAGUCGACGGAAAGUCUGGAAGAUUAUACGGGUGUAAUUCAGGUCAAGGUAGAUCAGAAGAACCCAGAAGAGCGCAGUGAGCCGAUAGAGGAAGGACGUUCAGAAAAACCGCGUCGGCCAAUGCAUAGUUUGAAUAUCGAAGAGUCCGAGGCCGUAGCUCGCAGAACGAUGCUAGCACGGGGAACGGCCGUGCAGAGGAAUUCAACACGGGAUGAUGAGUCUGCCCGGUCAGAAACCGAAUCCCCUGACAAGAAACCAUCCAGUGAAAUGACAUCGAGCCCGAAGGAAAGUCCAGUAACAUCUAGUGACCUUUCAGCGGACAAAAAACCAAGCAGUGCUGGUUCGGAUGAAAAAGAAAAUAAAGACAACGCUUCGUCCAGAUCAAAUGGAAAAGCACGCUUAUUAAGCGAGGGUAAAAAACACAACUCGCUGGAUACACAGAAACUGUUUAUCGCACGUCAGCGCACCAUGCCGGUACAGAUCGAUUCAACGUUGAUGCGAGUGCUGCCGAAGCACAUGCGGAAGCGUAACCAAAGCGCCGGAACGGUACGGAAGUAA